ACAGCUCCACUGCCCAACAGAUUGCAGGCCGUUAAACAAUGUGACCUGCGAGUAGGCUGAGGACAUUGAACUAUCCAAGCAGGCAGCCCAUGAGGAUAAAAACGUGUUUGUAGUAUUUACACAUACUGUUUAAUCCCAUUUAUCUGCCUUUUAUUAAGUAGUGCAAUGAGCACCUCUCUGGACUACUCGUUUUCCAAAGAGAAGCAAACCAUGGAUAAUUUGGAAAAGCAGCUCAUUUGUCCAAUCUGUUUGGAGAUGUUCACAAAGCCUGUGGUGAUCCUCCCCUGCCAGCACAACCUCUGCCGGAAGUGCGCCAAUGAUGUUUUCCAGGCUUCUAACCCUUACUUACCCACCAGAGGGGGAACCACGGUUGCGUCAGGUGGUCGAUUUAGAUGUCCAUCAUGUAGGCAUGAAGUAGUCUUGGACAGACAUGGUGUUUAUGGUCUCCAGAGGAACCUACUGGUGGAAAACAUUAUUGAUUUGUAUAAGCAAGAAUCCACCAGCGGUAAAACCAGCACUGAGAGGAAGCGCGACCAACCCAUGUGUGAGGAACACGAGGAUGAGAAGAUCAAUAUCUACUGUACCACAUGUGAAAUGCCAACCUGUUCUUUAUGUAAGGUUUUUGGAGCUCAUAAGGACUGUGAGGUGGCACCUCUUGAUACGGUGUUCCAAAGACAAAAGUCGGAGCUCAGUGACGGCAUUGCAAUGCUGGUGGGGAGCAAUGACAGACUACAGGGCAUAAUCAGUCAGCUGGAGGACACAUGCAGAACUAUAGAGGAAAACUGUCGAAGACAGAAGUCCCAGAUUUGUGAAAAGUUUGAUUACUUGUAUGCGGUACUAGAGGAACGAAAGGCAUCAAUGACUCAAAAAAUAACCAGUGAACAAGAAGAAAAACUCCAGUAUGUACGCACUCUGAAGAAAAAAUAUGGAGAUCAUUUGGAAUCUGUUUCUAAGAUAGUGGAGUCCGGGAUACAAUCUAUGGAUGAGCCUGAAAUGGCUCUCUUUCUACAGAACGCUAAACCAUUGCUACAAAAAUUUGCAGAAGUUUCUGAUAUAUCACAGCUCGAAAAAGUGGAACGGGGCUAUGAGAAUAUGGAACACUUUGAAGCCAAUUUUGAAAGAGAGGGAAGAGCGCUGAGAAGCAUCGAUUUUAUGAGAGAGGGGGAUGAGGAAGACGAAGAAGAGGAGGAGGGUGAAGAAGUAGAAGAAGAAGGGGAAGCAGAAGAUGAAGGAGUUACAAGUGUGGAAACUGAGAGAACAGAGGAAGUUCUUACAAAUAUUGGGCAAUCAGCUCCUGGUGAAGAAGGAGUCUCAGAAACACAGUUACCGCUAACACAGAUCCCUGUACAGGAAGAAAUAGCUCAGGAAUCAUUAGGCCUCAGUGCACAAGAAACCGGGCCUAAUCCGACAGCUUCUUCUCAGCAGGUAACAGCUGAACAGAUCACUGGAUCUCCAACUAUGGAGCAGAAUGAACUGAGCACCUCACCACCUACAAGAAAUCUCUUGCUAUACCCUGGGUGGUACAAAUCAGCAUCCUCUGGCACAUCUGCCACCAACCAGUUAGGGGCAGUUCAACAGGCGCCUGCAGAUUCCCAGGAGUUAGAAAAACCUGCAACAACAGCAAAAGGAACAGCGGACAAUGAAAACUCAGGGGCAAACAAUAAGAAUUCCAGCUUUGCUGAAGACACGGUCCAGGGUUUAGCGUUCUGCUUGACAAUUCUGGCUUUGUUUGUCAUUCUGUAUCAGCUUUGGAGUCAGAUUCAGUGCGUGAUUGUAACAGUUUUGGCCUGGCUCCGGUGAAGCAUCUUCUCAACAAAAUGAAACUCAACCAAACGCAGACGCCAAAGCCGGCGAGGGACCUCGACAUGUUUUCUCCUUUUCCUGGCUCAAUUCUCUUACUGAGUAAUGAGUCUUCGAAGCUGAACAAGACCGGGGUUGUUUCGUUCAAACUGGGCCAAGAAAAGAGCACGUGAAGACUUGGAAAGAAGAAGAUGAUGAUGAUGAUGAAGAAGAAGAAGCCAUUCUAAAACUUUUAGGAAGGAUUCCAGGUUGCUGGUGUACUUAUUUAAGUUGAGUGCUGCUUGGGUUGAUUCAUAAGCAGCCUUGCGAACUUUUUUUUUCUAAUUCUCCAAAGCGGGUUACUGUCAGUUUCUUGUUUUAGCAUUGCUUGUUUCUUUACACUCCCCUGGGAUUUAACUGCAUUGUAAGGGGAAGUCAUCUCGCGCUUACCCUGACAAAGAUCAUAGUAAAAUGAUGCUAACAUUAAAAAUAACAAGAUCUUCACACUCGAAUGUAAACAUAGCGUUGAAAGUUUUAUUAAAAAUAUAAAUAUUAGACAUUCUGUUAAACAACAAAAAUGCCGGAUUGCUCAUAUUAUGUUUAUUAUUAAACAAAGUACAGUGAAAUUGA